UAAAAGGGAUUAACAGGGAAACGAAACUGGUUCCACUAUUCGCAGGCCGCGGCCUACUUUUCUUUCCUCCUCCCCUUUGUCUGUUCUCUCGCCCUCUUUCUUCUCUCUCCGGAGGUUAGGGUUAGGGUUAGGGUUUUUGUUUCCUCUCGUGUGUUCUGCUGCCAUGGAGGAGGUCACUGAGGGAGUGAACAACCUCAGCAUCACGGAGCCGCACAAGAAGAAUCGGAUCCAGGUCUCCAACACUAAGAAGCCGCUCUUCUUUUACGUCAACCUCGCCAAGAGAUAUAUGCAGCAGCAUAACGAAGUCGAGCUUUCGGCUCUGGGAAUGGCUAUCGCAACUGUCGUGACAAUCGCGGAGAUUCUGAAGAACAAUGGCCUUGCUGUCGAGAAGAAGAUCACGACUUCUACAGUUGACGUGAAGGACGAAACAAGGGGAAGAUCAAUUCAGAAAGCAAAGAUUGAGAUAUUGCUGGGGAAGACAGAGAACUUCGAUGAAUUGAUGGCUGCUGCAGCAGAAGAGAAGGAGGCGGGUGACGGUGAGGAGCAGAGCUGAAUAGUGAAAGCUUGUUCUCGCUCUUGCUAUUUUUUCUGUCAUUUGUUGGUUUUUCUUUGUUAGGACAUUAGCUGCAUACAUGAUAAUGAACUAAGUGCACUUUAUCACUAGUGAGUUUGUCUUUUCUUCUUCUUCUUUUUUUUUUUUUUUAAGUUGAGGUAUGUGUUAGUUUUUUCUGUGGGUGGAUGUACCAAUGUGUUCAGUUAUAUUUUUUUAGUAGUGGAGAAUGAUAAUGUUAUCUUGA